UCUACCUAUGUAAUUUUCAAUUUUGGCAUAAUUUUCAAAAUUACCUAUAAACCAAUUUAAAUAAAUUUAGUAAGGAAUGAUAUCGGAAGAAGAAACUUAGUAAAUUUAAAUUAAAGCUAAUUUGUAUUACUUCAAUUUGUGAAAUUGUAGAAAUUGUUAAAAAGGUGCUUCUGCCAAAAUCUCCAGAUUGCAGAUUACGAACAGCAAAUUAUUUUUCUAAGAGCAAAUAGCGACUGCAAUUAAAGAAUAAUUGGCUUUACUUACUAGAAAAAAAGGAAAUCCGAAGUUUACAAGCUAAACCAUUAAAACCUUACAAUAAGAACCCAGAUUAAAACCUUAUAAAAAAAAGUUGGAGAAAGCUAAGUUAAUGGCUGGGCAGCUACACGAAGCUCUUGGCCCCAUAUCCUGGCUAGCAGGCCGAUGGGUCACUGAAGACGGACGGGGCUGCUUUCCGAAUAUACCUGAAUUUCAGUACCAUGAGGAGUUACAGUUUACGUGUAUUGGUCAGCCAAUGUUCAACUACAUGUCAAUCUCAAAGCACCCCGAAAAAGGCACCCCAAUGCACCAAGAACGAGGUUUCUUGCGCAUAAAGCCUGGCACAAACGACCUGGCCUUCUUAGUCAGCCACAACUUUGGCUUAACCUCCCACGAAGAAGGCCACAUUGACCCCGAGAAGAAGGAAAUUAAACUUACAACUGUAAAUAUAUCCAGGAUGUCCUUUGCUAAGCCACCUGUAGUGAAGAAAUUUAUAAGGGAAUUAAAAUUGGUGGCUCCGAAUAAGUUAGAAGUUCUGCUUUACAUGGAGACUGAUAAUACACCUCUGACUGAACAUUUGAAGGCUAUGUAUAGUAAAUUAGAAUAGCACUUGUUUUUGUCUAGAUUUUUGAAACCAGUUGUUUUACUGGGAUUAAAGUAUACUGUCUUUACUUAGUGUUUAAGCUUAGUACCAGUAUUAAAAGUAAAGAAGUAACUUUUUUAUAAUAUUCAUAGAGUAAUUAAUGUGGCUAUUUAUGUUGUACAAAAUCUUUUUUUUUAAAGAAUAUUAGCCAUUUUAAUCAUGACUAACAUUCCCCUUUCCUCUCCAACUAAGCGUAAAGCUUGUGCUAGGAGUGGGUACGACAAUAGUGCAACGACUGGGGUUUGAACCGCCAACCUUUCGAAAUUCAGUCCACUUCUAUAACUGUUGAGCUAUUGAGGCUUAAAAAAUCUCUAAAUAGUAUAUCCCAUUCUACUGCUAUCCAUUUCCACAUGGAGCAUUAUGACCUGAGGGAUAUAUUAACGUGGAUGUAGGUUUCUUAAAAUUCCCGUGGGAACCCUUUGAUUUUCCGGGAUUAAAAGUAGCCUAUGUGCUAAUCCAGGGUAUAAUCUAUCUCCAUUCUAAAUUUCAGCCCAAUCCAUCCAGUAGUUUUUGCGUGAAGGAGUAACAAACAUAGACACACACACACACACACACAUACAAACUUUCUCCUUUAUAAUAUUAGUGUGAUGGAUACAACAUAAUUAACCACAAUAAAAAUCACAGAACAUGAUUACCCUAGGCACGUGAUAAAAAUUGUUAUGUACCUAUCCCUGAAAUGAAAUAAUAUAGAUAUCAGCUUGUA